AUGUCAUCCGUCACGUCCUCUGCGUCCACCAACUCCAACCCGUUCGCCGACGCCAACCCUCCCGACGUGAAUGACAUCCGCAACCUGAACAUCUUCGAGCGGGUGCCAGUUCGUCUCUCCCAGGCGGACUCCUCCUACUACACGUGGAAGACCUACUUCUCCCUCGUGUUUCGGGAGUAUCAUCUCGUUGAUCAUGUGGACGGCACCGUCGACUCCAGCCUCGUCCCCGAGUUUCAUGACUGGUCCACCAUCGUCACCACAAUCAUCCGGUGGUUCUUCCUCACCAUCUCGCCGGAUCUUCCAGACAGUUGUGACAACACCUCCGUCGACGACUAUUGUCGCCGCCUGAAGACUCUCGCUGACGAGCUCCGCGAUAUUGGCGAGAAGAUCGAUGAUGACCUCCUCCUCAGCACGCUCACCGCCGGACUCAACGAGGACUUCGGCAAUGCCGCGGCGAACCUCAGCCUCAUCCCCAACCCGUCCUUCUCCAAGUUCGUUCCGUACCUCCGCUUGGAGGAGCGGCGGAUGAAGCAGGUGAAGGCGCGGGCCAUCCACACCGCUCUCGCCACCGGCACCACCCGCGGCGGGUCCUCGGCGCCUCCCGCUGCCCUGGCCGCACCCCCGCCGCAGCGCCACCCGGCGCCCUUCCUGGCAUCCCAGCAGCCGGGGCUGCUCCUGCUGCCCUAUGGCCCGCCCGCCCCUCCCGCCGAACGCCGUGGGGGCCAGCCACCGCGGCGGUCAGCAGCAGCAGUUGCAGGGCACCGGCCCGCCCCGUCAGCAGCAGCAGUUCCAGGUGCCCCUCCGUGGGCCUCCGGCUACAACCCGUGGACCGGUGUUGUUCAUGCCUACACCAUGCCGGUUCCACGGGCCCCUGCACCGACCCUUCCCGUGCCGCACCCGCCGGCGCACCAGGCGUACUACGCGGCUCCGCAGCCGUAUGGAGGAUACCCACCGCCGCCGCUGAGCGGCGGCUACGGUCUCCCUGCGGCCCCGCUGCCGCCCUCGCCGGCCCUGCCGCCGGCGCCUUAG